AUGGAUAGAGCGGCGGCGGCGGAUCCUACCAGCACGGACGCCGAUGUCGAGCGGGCGAGCCCGCUGCUCCAAGGGGAGGCCGAGAGCUUGGUGCCUCUGCUGGGAGCUCGGGAACAGGAAGUGGGCAAAGACAGUAAGAGUAAUAAUAUCUACUCCAAGGCGCCCAAGAUAGUCUUGUGCCUGGUGUUCUUGGAAGUCACCGCUUUCUACGGGGUCUACCUGAACCUAAUCGUGUAUCUCCAGGACGUUCUUCAUGGCGACAGUGCCUCCAACGCGGCGGCCGUCAGUUUCUGGGCUGGAGCUAGCUACCUGAUGCCCGUGGUCGGCGCCGCCAUCGCCGAUUCUUGCUGGGGCAAGUACAAGACCGUGCUCGUUGGCCUCUCCAUAUCUCUCGCUGGGAUGGCCGUGAUCACGACAUCGGCUACGCUGCCGUCUCUGAGGCCUCCGCCGUGCGAGCACGGCACCGGCACGUACUGCGCCCCGGCGGCUCUGCACCAACGGCUGGUGUUCUUUGCGGGUAUAUACCUGUGCGCCAUCGGGAUCGGCGGGGCGAAGGCGGCCAUAGUCUCGUUCGGCGCGGAGCAGUUCGACGACGAGAACGGCAAGAACAUGGUGGAGAGGGAGAGGAAGGCCUCCUACUUCAGCUGGUACUACGGCGUGGGCAACCUGGCCAUGCUCACCUCGGGGACCCUGCUGGUCUGGGUCGAGGACAAGGUCAGCUGGGGGAUCGGGUACGGCGUCUGCGCGUCGUUCGUCGCGGUGGCCGUCGUCGCCCUCGCCGCGACUGCGCCCGUGUACCGGCUCGUGCCACCGGUGGGCAGCCCCUUGAAGGGCGCGUGCCAGGUGCUCGUCGCGUUCGCUCGCAAGGUGAACGUGAGAGUGCCUGACGAUGCCGCCGAGCUGUACGCGGAGGAGCAUGUCAAGGUGUCUUCGCAUCAUCCACCUCGCGAGUUGCUAGAGCACACGGAACAGUUCAGGUGCUUGGACAAAGCCGCGGUUGUCACGAGCGCAGACUUGGAAGACGGCAGCCCAUGGAGGCUGUGCACGGUGACCCAAGUGGAGGAGCUCAAGACGCUGCUGCGGCUGAUCCCGAUCUGGCUCACGUCGGCCGUGUACUUCGUCGCCAACACCCAGGCGCAGACCACCUUCGUGCAGCAGGGCACGAUGACGGACUCCAGGAUCGGGCGCGGCGCGUUCUCCGUCCCGGCCGCGUCGCUGACGUGCAUCGAGACGGCGUUCGUGGUGGCCUCCAUCGUGCUCUACAGCCGGGCCGUCGCGCCCGCGGCGCGCCGCUUCCUCUGCCGCGCGGAGGCGUUCACGCCGCUGCAGCUUAUGGGGCUCGGGCACGCCGCGGUGAUCGCCGCGGUGGCCCUCGCCGCGUGCGCCGAGGCGCGCAGGCUGGCGAAUGUCAGGGCCGGGGCAGCGCCCUUGCGCAUUGCGUGGCUGCUGCCGCAGUACGUCGUGAUAGCCGUCUCCGACGCGUCGCUCAGCGUCGGUCAGCUGGAGUUCUUCUACGACCAGGCGCCGGAGACGAUGCGGGGCGCAUCCACGGCAUUCUACUUCCUGUCGUGCUCGCUCGGAAACCUCAUUUGCUCGCAGCUGGUGACGCUGGUGGCGUCUGUGACCGCGACGGGCGGCAGGACGGGAUGGUUCCCGCCAAACAUGGACGAUGGGCACUUGGAUUACUACUUUAUGCUCAUUGUCGGCAUCACCGCAGUUAACUUUGCCGUUUUUGUGUACCUCGCCAAGAAUUACACGCCCAAGAGGGUUAGAUAG